GCCAGCCAGCUCCGUCUGCAGGCAGCCAGCCGCUCGCCGUCCUGCCGCCGUGAGAGACCCCCCGUCUCCGCCCGUCUGAGCUCCCGGCGUUCGUUCGUUUUCCUCACCGUCGUCCGCAAGAACCUCCGAGGGGGGGCAAAAACCCGAGAAUAGCGAGGGAUUGCGUUUUUUUUCUCCAUUUUUUUGUUUCUCCUAACGUUGGCAGAGGAAAUUAAUUCCUCGUUUUAUCCGUUUUUUAUAAAGACUUAAUGGAGAAAAUGGCCAGACCUCUUCAGAUGAACCCAACUUUCGCGCAGCCUUCUCACGGCGUGCUGAAGUCCCUGCUGGAGAACCCGCUGAAGAUGCCCUUCCACCACGACGAAGGAUUUGGGAAGGACCAGGAGAAGGAGAAGAAGCUGGAGGAUGAGAGCAGCACAACCAGCCACCCGCAGUCGGCCUUCCUCGGCCCGACGCUGUGGGACAAGACGCUGCCCUACGACGGGGACAACUUCCAGCUGGAGUACAUGGACCUGGAGGAGUUCCUCUCGGAGAACGGCAUCCCCGCCAACGCGGCCCAGGGCGAGCAGGCCCCGCGGGGGGCCGCCACGCCGCCCGCCACCCCGCCGCCCGCCGUGGUGGACCUCAGCAGCCGAGCCACCACCUCAGUGCACGCCGGCAUGGCGCCGCAGACCUGCCUGCGCAUCCCCGCCGCCGCCGCCGCCGCAGCAGCAGCGCUGCCCUCGGCCCGCGACACCCCCAGCCCCAUCGACCCAGAGUCCAUCCAGGUGCCGCUGGCCUACGAGCCCGACCCCCAGGACCUGGCGCUGUCCAGCGUGCCGGGCCAGGAGAUGUUCGACCCCCGCAAGCGCAAGUUCUCCGCAGAGGAGCUGAAGCCGCAGCCCAUGAUCAAGAAAGCCCGAAAGGUGUUCAUCCCCGAGGACCUGAAGGACGACCGGUACUGGGCGCGGCGCAGGAAGAACAACGUGGCGGCGAAGCGUUCCCGGGACGCGCGGCGGCUGAAGGAGAACCAGAUCGCCAUCCGGGCCUCCUUCCUGGAGAAGGAGAACGGCGCCCUGCGCCUGGAGGUGGCCGAGGUCAGGAAGGAGCUCGGCCGCUGCAAGAACAUUGUGGCGAAGUACGAGGCCCGGCACGGGCCCCUGUGAGAGCCCCCCCCCUACCCCAAAGUAACCCCCCCCCCCCCUCAACACCUCCACCCGGUUCUCCUCAGCCAACUCUCAAGUUUGAAGGACAACAUGUCUCUUUUUGGUGGAACUGACACCCCGCCCUCCUCUUCUACCCCCCCCCCCCCCCCGGCCAUCACAAGCCUCACUUUGUUAGUUCCGCCUCUUUUAUUUUUUUCUGACUAAAUACUUACGUGUUUUAACACAUGAAUAUUCUUCCCACUUCUUGUACUGUGAGGAGUUAUGAGCCAACCCCCCCCGACCCCCCCACCUUUCACUUUUUGAGAAUCGAUGCCAUGCUGUCUGUUCACUUUCAUACCAAUUUUAUACGUGAGAUCAGGACUGUAAACCCCCCCCCCCCCCCCCCGUGGUGUAAUAACAUGUGACGUGUCUGAGAACCUUUUUAUAAUCCAAACAUAUGUUUGGUUGGUUGUGCCCCCCCCCCCCCCCCAUUGGCACUCUAUCUUUUUAUUGGACUUGUUUUCUUGUCGUCUCCACUUGAGCUUCACUCUCUGUUUAUCAAGAUGCCCCCCCCCCGAUGGAUCCGUGCACUAAAGCGUGCGUCACAAUCUGAGGCUCAUAAAUGUCCUGCGCCUCACAUUUCCACGGAUGGAAGAUUGUUGUUUCAUAAAUAUAAUAUAAAUCUAUAUAUUCUGUUGAUAGAAAUGUUAGCAUCGAUGCUACUCGUCGUUUACCCCCCCGCCUUCAUAUUCAGGCUUGAUCUUGAUCUAGAAAAUAGCUUUUUCUUUUCUUUUUCCUUAGUUGACUUGUUUGUGGCAUGAUGAGUGUUGGUGGCUCGUUGUCUUCAGAUGGCGGAGUGAAUGUAACCAGGAGCCAUGUUUUUAUGACGCUUACUACGAACCUUGUUCCUGUUGUACAGUAUUUUUCCUACACACUAAACUUAUGUAUUUUAAAGGCACAGCAGAUCCAGAAUAUUAUUAAAGAAUACAAAUAUAUAUACAUAUAUAUUUAACUCCAAAAGACAUAGUGGUAUUUUCUAUAUUCGCAAGGACGCGCUAGUUUUAGACGGGACGUUAUUAAGCAAACCUUCAUCAUCCUCAUCAUCAUCACUCCUGCUCGCUUUGACAUAGAAUAUAAAUAUAUUAUGAGAGAAAGAGAUGUGAAAGAUUAUUUAUAUAUAUACAUAUAUUAUAUAAUAUUGGUGUUAUUAUAUGUAUAUAUGAGAUACAUGCAGUGUAUAUAUACAUAUAAUAUAUAUAGAGAAAGAGAUGUGAGGCCCUUAUUCACACAUAUUAUUUUAGUUUUGUAACCAGGCCGCUUGUUUCUCUCUGAUCUGAGUUGACGGAUUAAAGUUACUAUGAAGGAAGGGAAAUCCAAAAGCCAUGUGUAUCAUGUCCCUGAACCUGAGUGAUGCAUGCUGGGAAGAUGCUUCUAUUUUUUAGAGACUUGCCAUAGUCGCCCCCCCCCCCCCCAUAACUGACAAUCAGUCCAAGACGGAUUUGUGUGUUUUUGAGGGCUGCUGUUGACAUUUCUGAUUGUGUGUCGAUAUUAAAUCAUCCAAAGAAAUCGUUUGACAUUUUGGGAUAUUAUUCACACUCGAUGAGAAAAUAAUUAUCGUAAAAAGACACAAAAUGCACAAAAAAACCACAAUAUUCACGAUUGUUUAAAUCAUGAAUAUUCUAAUUUUACUUUUAAUGUAGUGUUCUAUGUUUAUGUAUCAUCUCUAAAUACAACAUUAAAAAAUGUAACUUUUAA